UCCUACUACUUUGACCGGGACGAUGUGGCCCUGAAAAACUUUGCCAAGUACUUCCUGCAUCAGUCCCACGAGGAGCGUGAGCAUGCUGAGAAGCUGAUGAAGCUGCAGAACCAGAGGGGUGGGCGCAUCUUCCUGCAGGACAUCAAGAAACCAGACCGUGAUGAUUGGGAGAAUGGCCUGACUGCAAUGGAGUGUGCCCUGCACCUGGAGAAGAAUGUGAACCAGUCACUGCUGGAGCUGCACAAACUGGCAACUGAGAAGAAUGACCCACAUUUGUGUGACUUCAUUGAGACUCAUUACCUGGAUGAGCAGGUGAAAGCCAUCAAAGAGCUGGGUGACCAUGUGACCAACCUGCGGAAGAUGGGGGCACCAAAAUAUGGCAUGGCAGAGUACCUCUUUGACAAGCACACCCUUGGGGACAGUGACAAUAACAGCUGAAGAGCCACCCUGUGGGUUUCAGUGGGACUCCUACUUUGCUGUCCAGCCAUGCAUGCAUCUUCAGCUCUCUAGAUAAACAGUUCUUAUAUUCUGUACCAAAUAUCACCCCUAUUUUCUCUUGUGUUUUGUGUACUGCCCUCCAUCCAAUAAAGUGACUUGGUUCCA